GCUUUGUGAAUAAUCUCUCACCAAAAUUACAGGAAGAAGCUACCAACUGGUGCUUAAUCGCCGUGGUGGUCAGAACCUUAUCUACAAGGGUCACAUGUACACUCUGGAACGGAAGUAUAGAUUCAGCCUUAACUGGGUGUGCUCCAAGAACAGCAACACUACUCUUCGCUGCCCAGCUCGCUGUGUUACUGAUACCAAUAACUCCCGCAGGAUCACGCUUGGCCACCGACCCCACAAUCACCCAGUGACUACAUUAAAGGCUCACAAAUCCAGAAGAAGAACCAACGAAAUGCGGAAAGAAAAGUCGAAUCGUGGCAAAGCGCGUUGGUGGAUUUACUAUAAUCGAUGGCUUUCGCUUUGUCAUUGGAUCGCAGCACAACAAUCGCAGCUACUUGAAGUGUGCCAGCUUCCGGAGCCAUUGCCGUGCCCGGGCCAUCCUGAUAAACAGCACUGGCGUAGUUCGGAUGCGAACCAGCCAGCAUAAUCAUGCCCGGGUCGAACCCAAAAAACGUUACUAUAUGAAAGAGCUACCUCCAAAGUAAAUUAUGGAAUAAACGGUGAUCUAAAUACAAA